GUGCCCAGCUGGUAGGAAUGAAUAACAGGUUAUUUGGCUUAGAAUUGGAGAUUUUAAACGUGUGAAUAGUUCAGCCUUGAAAAACUGCUCAAAGCCUGACUGAAAAGAAAUGCUUUCUCAAUGCUGCAUUCCCACAGCAGUGCCCACAUCCGACAGGUGAAUGUGGAGUCAGUCAGAUCUGGGUGUUAUGAAUUGUUGGCACUGCUUUAUUUCCUGAGUAGUCUGCAGGGAAGCCACGAAAUUCUUCAGAAACCAUCAGCUAUGGCCCUUCUUGUGCUCGCCCCCCUGUCCCUUAAAGAAAAUGUCGUUCAGAGCAGAUGUACAAACCAAUACAUUGAAAAAAUACACUUCAGAGUUACGUGUGGUUGCAUGCAGUUGCUUAAAAUAGUUUGAGAUUUGGCUUUGAAAUAGAAGUGGCGGCCUCUACAUCAAGGUGAGAGUAAGGCCAGGGCUGGUUGUUGUUUUGAGUUUGGAGUUGAGCAGCCUGCCCUCUUUGCUUGAUGCUGUUUUAUUGGUUUUUUUUUCCUGUUUUUCUGCCUUUUUUUUUUUUUUUUUUUGGAUUGAGUUCUUGUGGUAUCAAGGAAGUGGUCGUCACCCCAAAGGAAACCUUCCCUCUUUCCUCUGCCCUUGCCUUGAUCUUGUAAAUGGAAUUAUUUUGUUUUCCUGCCACUCUGAGCCCGGUGCUCUCAAGAGGCUGGUACAGCAUUUGGGAAGUGCUAUAUCUGGGUAAUGUGUAUAGACAGCAAGAUGUUCAGCCUACUUAUGUUGAUUGAAGGUGCUACAUCAGGAGCAGCUCCGCGUUGGAUUUUCAUUACCUCAUUUCUCGCUGGCGGUUGACGUGUCCUCCAUCUGCCUCAGGCAUGCAGUGUGGUUGGGUGCCUUUCAGUUGGUCUUCUCAAACCUCUGCAGACCACAUCUAGCUGUGCCUCUUCACGUGGGAGUGCGGUUAUGUAACUGCAUCUUGUGUUUUACAUGAUGCUUUGUGCAAGUACUUCUGAGCUUCUUUGGGAGGCAAAUAACGUAUUGAUCACUGAGGAUGUCUGCACCACCAGCCCCAAGUGGGGAGAUGCAUUCCUGUUGAUGGAAACCCAACAGACAUAUCAGCUACUCCCGGAUUUUGUGCUUAGUUUAUGCCUAAUGACAUCAGGAUGCUCUGAAGUCUCCAGUAAAUCAAAUCUAAUGAUCUGAGCUAAAUUCCAGGGUUGAAGCCAUGCAGUCAGAGGCCUCAAGUUGAUACUUGGUCAUCUCUCACUCGGGUUACCACAUGUGGAAGUCUGGUGAGCUGUAACAGAGCAUCUUAACCUGGAAGGAAAUUGCUUCAGGUUCCAAAGAGCACAGCUGUACUUCACAGCCUGUGCCUACAGAGAGGUGAUGUGAAGAACUGUGGGCCUGAAUUCAUCCUCGGGUUUUAGCAGUGUUUUAAUCUUUGCUGGAUCACUUCUCACGUUCCCUUCGAAGUCACGCUUUAAAUUGUAAAGAACAAGCUGCCAACUUGGAUUUGCACUUAAAUUGAAGUUCUUUGCCCAGUCUCAUGUGUAACACCAGCAGCAGCUGUUCUACUUGGAUUUAAAAGUUUUCCCACCUCUCAUUUACACGUGGGUUUGGUGCUCUUGUGUAUGAUUUCGUGCUUGUUUUUGCAUGCUGAGCUUCCAGUGUAGAUGCUAUAAAGGUGGUAUGAGCCAACUAGUGAUAACAGGCUGGAUUUCAGAUUGAUAUUUCUGUUAAGUAACAAAUUGAUCAGCUUUUGUUUUCCUAUGGCUGAUAGAAUCAAAUUGUAUUAAUUCCACUUUAGGAAUUAUGGGUUUGAUUCGGGUUUUUUUUUGUUCUUAUGUUAGGAGUGGAGUCAGUGCUGAUGUCAGGUUGGUAGGGACACUGGUGGUCUCUGUCUGAAACAGGCAUUGAAGCAAAGAUGGGAACCUCCUGGGGGAAGUUUCCCAGCUCAGAGGCAGCAGGUGCCUUCUGCGUGGCCGUGUGCUGGGGCUGAGCUUUUCUUGCCUGACCUUAUUGCUGCUGCUGUUUAUCAAAGGGAGAGAACAGAUUGCCAAAAUGAUUGCAUGAAGCAACUUCUAUUGCACUGCCUGCCAAGUUCAGAGCCCUACUUCAGCCACUUUGGAAGCCUUGCGUGCUAAGGGUUGGUGUGUAGAAGGGAAAUAAAUGUAUUUCUAUAGUGCAGGCAUAAUUUUGCUAAUUAAAUAACCUUCAAUUUUGGUCUUUUAUGCUAUGUUUAAAGGCAAGGAUUUCAAGACACAGCUGUGCUUUCCUCGAUACACUGCGUGCCCCUGUGGUCAUACUGCUGUGGGAUGGCUCUUUAGCUAGCAGUGCAUCUGGGAAGACAUGUGAUGUCUCAGGACUUCACUGGCCAGUGAAAGCAUAUCUCAAGAUGGGAAAUAUUUUUGCUAACCUCUUCAAAGGCCUUUUUGGCAAAAAAGAAAUGCGUAUUCUAAUGGUUGGUCUGGAUGCUGCAGGAAAGACGACUAUUUUGUACAAACUUAAACUUGGUGAAAUAGUAACUACUAUUCCUACUAUAGGUUUCAAUGUGGAAACAGUAGAAUACAAGAACAUUAGCUUCACGGUGUGGGAUGUAGGUGGCCAGGAUAAGAUCAGACCACUCUGGCGCCAUUAUUUCCAGAACACACAAGGUUUGAUUUUUGUGGUUGACAGUAAUGACAGAGAACGAGUGAACGAGGCCAGAGAAGAGCUGAUGAGAAUGCUGGCAGAAGAUGAGCUUAGAGAUGCUGUUCUAUUAGUGUUUGCUAACAAACAGGACCUGCCCAACGCCAUGAAUGCAGCAGAAAUCACAGACAAACUCGGACUGCAUUCUCUUCGUCACAGGAACUGGUACAUCCAGGCCACCUGCGCCACUAGUGGAGACGGGCUCUAUGAAGGACUGGACUGGUUGUCCAAUCAGCUCCGAAACCAGAAAUGAAACCAUAAACCUUCCUCUUCCCUCUUUUUCCACCCCUCCCUCUUAUUUCCUCCUAUUCGCCCUUCGCUUUACUCUAAUGUGGCAAACUGUGCUACUUUGUGGUAUUGAGUGCCGGAAGCUGUUUUCAUUUCUUUUGUCACAGUAUAUAUUGCAUCAUGCUGUAAAUGUGGCAAAUACAAGCCAGAAAACAGUUAGGUUUCUUAUUUAAUGUAAAUAGUUUUUGUUUCCAAUGAGGCAGUUUCUGGUACUCCUAUGCAAUAUUACUCAGCUUUUUUAUUGUAAAGAAUCAACUCACUGUUUAGUACUUGGAAGGGAUGGAGUGGCUUAACAUAGGGGUUGCCAGUGGUCCUUGUGCAGUAGAGCUGAAUACUAUCUCGGAUGGGUUGUGAGAUCUGUGAGGUCCGUUUUGGUGGUUGGUUUUUAACCUGAAUACUGUAUGUUGUUUUUUUUUUUUAAUAGUCGAGGAAAAGUAAAAACACUUCAAGACACAAAGGUUUGCCAUAGCUUCUGCUGUUCUAGCUCUGAGGUGGUGGCUCCUGAUUCUUUGGUAACGGUGAAGCAGCGGCUGACACCAGGUUAGCUCCACUGGGUUAGAACACAGGUCGUAACCAACAGAUCUCUGGCUCUUUCUCUAGCUCAUGUUUGUUCAUACUUGCUCUAAGAUUUGUCUGACCUGGUUUAGAUGAGUUGGCCGACUCACACUAAACCUCUGCCUUUUGGUUCAGGUGAGAUUGAUCACAUCCAUUGAACUUGAAUCAUUUCUGGAAGUCACAUUUUUAGCCUGUUGUGUUCGUCAAAGGUGUUUUGUACUUUUGUGUGUAAACCACUCCAGAAGGCAAACUUUUCCACAGAAAGCACAGCCUGUACUAGUCCUAAGCUCUAUAGUCAGAAAGUACUGUACUUAAGUAAGAAUUGCCAUGAAAAACACCAAACAUCUAUGUAUAGUGUCUAGGGGAAUAAAAAAAGCAUGAGAGUUAGGAGAGUCAUUCCACUCUAGAAGUAUUCAAUCCCAUUUUGGAACAAUCCCAUAUCUGUAUAUGUGUGAAAACCCUUGGCAUCCCUCAUACUGCAAGGUUCAGAUUUGCCAUCAGAAAAAAAGACCUCUUUACUUUUCUUUUGUAUUUUGAUAAACACUGAAGAAGCUGGAGCUGUUCAACUUUAACUUGAGGAACUAUCAGAACUGGUUUGUUUAGUGUUGUGGAAACCUUUAUUGCUUUCAAUACACGAUUAGUAAUCAACUGUUUUGUAUACUUGUUUUCAGUUUUCAUUUCGACAAACAAGCACUGUAAUUAAAGCUAUUAGAAUAAAAUCUCUUAACUAUUUCAUGUUUUUUAUGCCUUGCUGUUCAUUUGAUCAUCUUGGCAAAAUCAUAAUGAAAUACUUGUUGAAUAAAAAGUUUCAUGAAACUUG